AGCUCCCAGGAUGCAGUGGUUAUCAACACGGCGGUAGCUGCAGCAGCUGUGCGGCUCGCGCUGCAGAGUAGCAGGAGCGGCAGCCGCAGCAAGGCCGGAGACAGGUGCUGCAGAGCCGGGGCCGGACGCUGCGGAGUCUUUCACGGGGAGGACCGGACCGGGCCGAGCCUGAGGCUGAGGGGCCUGAACUGAGCGCGAGGCCGGACGCGGCAGAGGCGGAGACGGGGGGGAAAGCACAGCUCGGGGCCGGCCCUCUGGGAGCUCACGGCGGCCGGGGGCCCCCUCUAGGGUUUUUGGAUCCGCGCCCUCCCCGCUGACGGCUUCAGGGCCUAGCUUGGCCAAAGGAAGCCCCUGCGGGUCCCUUGUGCAGAGAGAGGAGGGUCGGACUGCUCCGGAGCCCGCUUGGCAGUACCUCAGCCUCCCCGGGGCCUGGGAACGAAACCAUGGCCGAGGCGGCUCCUGCUCCGUCUCAGGAAUGGGAAACUAGUCUACAGCACCCAGCGCCUCCAGCAUCUCCUACGGUCCCUCAACGUGAAGCCCAGAUCCAGUCAGCCGAGAUCUCUCUACUAGCUAUCCUGGCUUCUAUUCAGGCUGUGGAGCAGAAGGUGGAGUCCCAGGCUGCCCGCUUGCAGACCCUGGAGGGGCGGACAGGGACAGCAGAAAAGAAGUUGGUUGAUUGUGAGAAAACAGCAAUGGAAUUUGGGAACCAAUUGGAGGGUAAAUGGGCUGUGCUGGGCACCCUGCUCCAGGAGUAUGGUCUUCUGCAAAGGAGACUAGAGAACAUGGAGAACCUACUCAGAAACAGGAACUUCUGGAUCCUCCGACUUCCCCCAAGCAGCAAGGGCGAAGUCCCAAAGGUACCUGUGAUUAUUGAAGAUGUGGCUGUGUAUUUCUCAGAGCAGGAGUGGGGGAACCUGGAUGAGUGGCAGAAGGAGCUCUACAAACAUGUGAUGAGAGGAAACUAUGAAACAUUGGUGUCCUUGGAUUAUGCCAUCUCCAAGCCAGAUCUUUUAUCCCGAAUUGAGCAAGGGGAGGAGCCCUGUGGUCAAGAGCUCUCGAACACAGAGGACAGGGAGAAUCCAGGCCAUCCCAGUGCUGAAACUAGUACACUGGUUUCUUCUCAAGAUGUACUCCCCUGGAUUAAACAAGAAGGAGGAUGUGGGAGGAAUCAACAGGGUUUGCAAGAAAGUGAGAUAUCCACUGAUCUCUGCACAGCAGAGGACUGGCUGGUCAGUAAAGAGAAGGAGAAGAACCAGGAGAAAGGGUCCAAGGACCUGGACCCAAGUUGGGUUUUGCAGGGCCGAGAAAAGGAGAGCCUUCAUCAAGCCCCAGAUCUAGGUUUAGGAGGGGGGUCUUGUGAGAACCCUUGCAGUUCAUCCCUUCUUAGAGGUCCACCCAGCAAGUCUGCCCCAUGGGAGCGAGACUUCAGUGCCCUUCCUCCUAGUCCCUACUGUCAAGAUGUUCCAGCAUCAGUUUCAGUGGAAAGGCCUUAUCCCUGUGCUGAAUGUGGCCAGAGCUUCAGCCGAAAGGAGCAUCGAACACAGCACCAGCAAGCUCUCCAUAGCCCUCGUCCCUUUGCCUGUCCGCAGUGCCCUAAGAGCUUUGCCCAGCAAGCCACUCUCACCAGCCACUACCGCAUCCACACAGGGGAACGAGCCUAUACCUGUGCUCAGUGUGGGAAGAGCUUCAUUCACCAGUCUACUCUCACUACUCAUUACCGUACCCACACUGGUGAGAAGCCCUAUCCCUGUGCAGAGUGUGAGAAGCGUUUCAGCCGAUUGUCGACCCUCUUGGAGCAUCGGCGGACCCACACUGGCGAGAAGCCUUACCAAUGCACUGAAUGUGAACGCCGCUUCAGCCGCUUGUCAACGCUGGUGGAGCAUCGGCGGACCCACACUGGUGAAAAGCCCUAUCAGUGUGCCGAAUGCGAAAAGCGUUUCACGAGGCUGGCCAACCUGACAGUACAUCAGAACACCCACUCUGGCGAGCGCACCUACAAGUGUGCUCAGUGUGGUAAACGUUUUGCCCAGAAACCCAGCUUCUUGCGCCACCUGCGCAGUCACACACAAGAGAAGCUCUACCCAUGUGGGCAGUGUGGCAAGAGCUUCAUUUGCCGUUCCUGGCUGGUUCGACAUCAGGGCAGCCACGUUGGUGAGCUGCCCCGUCCCUGUACUGAAUGUGAAAGGGGCUGUCCGCCAUCUAAAGAUCCUCCUGCUGGCCCCCUUGGAACUGGAGGCCAAGAAAGAUUACAGACUCCUGAAAGCCUCUUGGGAAAGCAUGAUGAAGGGGCUAGGACUGGGCAAGACCAAAAGGGACGCCGAGGGGCCAGAGAACAAGGGAGUAGUGCCCAAGGGAGCCUUGGGGAGCCACUGCACAACCCCCAUUCCUAUGUGAAGAUGGAGAAUGCGGGUUAGUAGCUCUGGAAAAGCCCUGCUCAGAGCUGAGGGUCAGGUGGGAUAAUCCCACCUUCUUUGGAAGGGAACUAUGGGGCAAGAACACAGCAUCUCUGGGCAUGAACGACCACAUUUUCUCAGGAAAGAAAAAAAUGAUUAAGGGGUGGGAUGAAGCACGUGAGGGCAUUUCUGCAAGCCCAAGAGAUGUACUGAAUGGGAGCACUCCUUCCAGUUGAGCUUUCAUUAUAUUCAGCUGACUGCAGUGACACUAGGAGAGGAGAUCCUGGAUAGGUGGGAAUGGGGGGGAGAAUACAGACUUUACUCUCCUUAUUGUUCUGAGGUUGGAAGCUCAAGCCUGUAGCUGCUGUUUCCUUUGAAGCCCCAAGUUUUUAAGAAGAGUAAACUUUUAACUAUGCAGAUUCUGAAGCACUUCCUCAGACUGGAUUGGAGGUUUCUCAGUGAAGAGUAUUCUAGUUUUGCUGGUCCCUGUCUUCUCAUUUUUAAAUGACCACCAUAGAGGACUAGAGUUGUACCUUUGUUCUUCCAUACCCUUUACUAAUCCCUACCUUGCCAUAAAGGCUUGAGCUGGAGGGUUCUCUCAGCUCUGCCCUCACUUAGGUGUGAGGAGAAGGUUGCCAGAGCUCUCUAGAUGAAUUAGCUAAUGUUUCCUGGGCCACUUGGCUUGGACAGGUAAAGACUCAUGGGUUCAGCAUUGACACCUGCUCGAUUGACUUCCAGCCCUCUCCUCUAUUAAAACAGAGAUUGUGUGGGUGACUUCUAGGUUCCCUUCUAGUUCUGAAUCUAUGAUCCUGAGAACUCUUCCUGAAAGCGUUCUGUCACAUUUGCACUAAGUAGUGCCCGUGGGCCCUCACAAGUCCCCUCUGAGAGGAUCUGGACUUUGCUUAAGGACGAGCUUUACCUAGCCCAGGUUACUGAUUGCAAGGUAAUUACAGUCUAGCUGCAGAUAGGCUUGGAGCUCAUAGCACAUUUAUAUCUGGUUCUUUUUUUUUUUCCUUCAACUGUAUUUGAGAUUUCUAACCUUUGAUAAAGAUCAGUUUUGUUUUUUGUUUUUUUGUUUCCUUUUCUAAAAUAGCUUAGUUCUGUUAUUCAUGUGAUCUCAGGACAGUAUAAUCAUCCCUUGGUCUUACGCUAUUCUCCAACGACUAGAACUGAAUUCUCUUAUUGUUUCAGAGCUCGUGUAUCCUUACUACUGGGCUACCGGAUGCUUUCCUAUUUCUGGCCAGACAGGUGCCCCUUGUUCUCAGCUCUCUUAUACAGUAGGAGAUGACUGACAGAUGUGAUCAAGUCUCUGAUCAAUGACUGAUCCCAAGUCUCUCCUUGCUCAGGUUACCAAGUUUACCCACUUUGCUAAGUUCUCUCCUGUGCAUCAUCCCUUCAAGUGGAUUACUCCCCAGAGAGGAAUUGUUUUCCAGAAUUCUGUCCUUAAAAUUUCACAGUAUAAAAUAAUCACAGUCUGGUUCUGUGUUAUGGGGAUUGGGUAUACAAAAGCUUUCUGCCUUUUUAAGGAGAUUAUAUAUGCACAUGAAAAAGGAAGCAACACCACCAAGAGUUACUUAGUACCCAUCCCAAGGAUUUAAAGGGCCUCUUCUCCUUUUGAAAAAAACAUACUUGAUAGAUUUUAGGCCUGUCAUUUUUGGGGCUUCUAAGGGUGAAUUUGACCAGAUAACCAGCUUGGGAAUCCAUCUAUCUUAAGUUGAAUUCCUACUCCUUUGCUGGAAAUUUUUGCCAAAGCUGGACUGAUUGAUCCAGCCAAUUGACCACUUGCCCAUAGUGCAGUUAUAGCCUCAAACUUUAUCCAGUUUUCCAAUGACUACAGCUGCAAGGAUCUCUUCCCUUGGCAGUUAAUCUUGAGGAUAGCAUUUGAAAUAUAUGUACACAUUUAGGGUACAUAUCCUAAUGUCUUUUAUAAGAAUGGGUAGAAAGAGGUGCUACCUAUUAUCUUUGUCCAUCCCUUUUCUUGGUUCUAGGAUACAUUGGGAAACAGUAGCAAAACUUGCUACCUAUUAUCUUUGUCCAUCCCUUUUCUUGGUUCUAGGAUACAUUGGGAAACAGUAGCAAAACUUCUCACCUUGAAACUGCACUGGGGGGCGGGGGAGGGGGGACAACCGAAUGUUUUUUUCUUUCAUUGCCUCGUAGUGUCUGAGGCAUUUGUAUGUUUAUUUGGGAGGCAGGUGGCAAAUGUUUUGGAACUUCCACGAAUUGGUUAAUUGUCAUGUAUACUUACAAACUCUGUAAUUAGGCAAAAUAUUUAUGCAGUUUUGGAGUUGAAUUUCUCUCCUUUGCUUGUUAUUCCUUUGAUGGUUAUUUCUUAUUUAUAAUUCAGUAACUGUGUUUUUGACUACAGGAUCUGAGCAGUGGUGAAAUAAAGCUAUUUUCAUUUGUGCA